CACCUGCUUCCUCCUCCUCUCCCCUGCUGCCACGAGGCGCGGCUCAGCUCCUCCUCGAAGCGGGCGGGGAAUCCAGGCCGCGCGGCGGCGGGGCGGAGGAGGAGGAGGAGCGGGGGAUGAUGGGGUGCCUCUUCGGCUGCUUCCGCGCGUCCGGCGACGGCGGCGAUGCGAAGGGCGCCGGAGACCGCAACACGUCCCUGGCCCCCGCGACGACGACGACGAUCCAACAGGAUGGUACGGGCAGGAGGAUCAGGCCACCGUCGAGGAACGCGCUCUCCGCCGUGUUCCAGCGAGAAGAUGAGGGAUCGAGGGCGGCGCAGGCGGCGAGCUCGUGGGCGGAACAGACUGGUGAGAGCAAGAGGAUGGAUCAGGAGCUUGAGCCCCAGACCAUUAUCCAAAAAAACUGUGGUGCAUUGCUGCAAACUACAAACAACAUCCAAAGUGUGCUCAGAGAUGCAGAUUCAGUUCAUCAGAAGGAAACACAUUCAGGAUGUCUUCCUGUUAUGUCUGAUGAUGUACAUUUCAUGGAAGCGCCAAAGGUUGAGAACUGUGAAACUCCUCCAAGGUCUCAUCAGAGCUCCACUGUACCAGAUGCAACGAGUUCUUCAAAAACAAAUGAUGAGUUGCGUACUUCCGCUACUUCCUUAAAAAAUAACGUGGAAGAGUCAACAAAUGAGAACGAUACUGAGGCCUGUGUGCAGGGUGAAGAACAACAACAAGCUCUGGAUCUUGCUGAGGAUUUUGAAGAAUGUGGGGUUUCAAAAGAAGAUUUCUUCCCCCCUGAAAAAUUAGAGGAUCCAAAGUGUGCAAAGAAUGACCAUGUGGUCUCCAUGGAAAUUUCAAUAUCCGAUGAAUGUUCCCUUUUCCAGAGCUCUGAGGGUUCUGUAUCACCUUCUAACAAGAUAAGAGGGAGCAUGAAUACAACAUCUACGGAGAAGUCACCGAAAACUGAGGCAACUAUUCAUGCCACCAGAAAGAAGUUACUGAAGAGCAAUACUUCAGAACUGGAGCUCCCAAGCUUAGCUCAAUGGUUGAAGCCUCCAAAUCCUAAGAAAGCAUUCAGAGAUGAGGCUGUGACAGGAGACAGAUCUCAUUCAGCUAAGAGUUCAGAUGAGGAUAGGCCUAUUAUUGGAAUGGUUGCAGCACACUGGAAAGAUAAAGAGCCAGCAAAUUUCACCUCUAAAUGGUGGGAUGGAAAUGGCAUUCCCAAUUCAACAAAUAAGUACAAAGAAGACCAAAAGGUGAGCUGGCAUGCAACACCAUUUGAGGAGAGGCUUGAGAAGGCUUUAUCUGAAGAGAAGUCGCUCUCUGAAAGGAACUGCUCGAGUGGAAAAACAUCUCAGUUUUUAGGAGUGGAAGGCGAGGAGAGUGAUACUGCUGGAUCUAACCGUCUAUAUGCUACUGCUUAUGCAUGACAAUUCUGCUAGCCACGAGGCACAGAAGCUUUCAGUACAAUGGUUUUCUGCUAUCACCCUCCUGAUUGAUUGCAUUUGCACAGCCCUGUUUUCCUCUGUCCUAGAGUAGGUAGCAUCCGGAUGUGAUGUUUCAGUUUGUGCUUACCUCAACUGUUUAAGAUAUAAUUAACUCUAAUACUGUUGCUGCCUCAGUUGACAAGUAUAAAAUAUUGUUGGUACCUUC